CGAGCAGACUGUACGUGCAUUUGGCGUCUGGGUUGGAGACGCCAAGACAUCGGAUGCAGUUUCUGUGCACUGUGAACCCCGGUUGAUUCUUCUCUAUUGAUUGUAUGUAACAGCGUACUGGAUAUUCUUUUUCUACUCAAUUUUUCGAGAAAUUUAGUUAAGAAUUGAAAGUUAUAAGGAAAGUACAAGUAAAAAUGACACCAGAAGGAUAUACGCGUGUUUAUGUCGGUGGAUUAAAUGAAAGUAUAAAAAAAGAAGAUCUUCAAACAGAAUUUGAAAAGUAUGGCAAGCUAAACAAAGUUUGGGUAGCAUUUAACCCGCCAGGUUUUGCAUUUAUUGAAUUUUUAAAUAUGAAUGAAGCAGAACUUGCUUGCAGCAGUAUGAAUGGUACAGAAAUUAUGGGUGCAAAAUUAAGGGUUGAGAUUUCACGGGGUAGAGGUCGUGGUGGAGGCAGGGGUGGUAUGGGAGGAUUCAGAGGAAAUCGAGGAGGUGCAGCUAGAGGUUAUGGUUCUGCUGCCUCUAUUGCAUUCAAUUAUAGAGCAAAUAAUAUGUAUGCAGAUUAUGGAGGUUAUUAUGCAGGCAAGGGUGGUGGAAAUAGAAGUAGAGACUAUUAUGGAGAAGAUUAUAUGACUAAUCGUGCCAGUGGGUAUGUUACUCGAGAUGGAUAUACACAGGAUGUCUAUAAUAGUGGAGAUCCAAAUGCUGAUUAUUAUACCAACAAAGGCACUGGCACAUCAAGGUAUCGAAGUCGUUCCCCAGCUGGUCGUGGCAGUCAUCGUCAUCUUCGUGAAUGCACAUAAAAGAUCUACACUGCAUUGCCAAUCUGAACUGUGGGCCAAUCAACAGCCCAUCCUGAUGACUACAUUUCUAUCCAAUCUACGCAGCGACCUGUAUAUAGACAAGAACUACCAUUGCAGAUCAAGUUGUGCAAUAUCAUUUGUAUAGUAUACUUUAGUUCUACAGUUUGUAAUCAUUUUCAGAAACAUUACCCAUUAUUCACAAACAAAAUCAUUGCAAACUUUAUAUAACAUGAAAAUGAAUCAUGAACGAAAUUUGAAUCAAGCUA